AUGGCGGAUGACUCGAACAGGGUGUCUACAGUAAAGAAACAUCACCAGCAGGCAAAUUUAAAUUAUAAUAGGCCAAAGUACCGAGAGGCUCGUUGGGAAAGGGCAGUAAAGGUAUGUGAUUGUGUUGUAGUCACUAUCUUUAGUUGAGUUUUCAUCAUGUUUGCAAAUAAACUUGGGCAAAAAAGGAUCACUGGCCACUGAAGUGGCUGAAUACUUGGUGUAGGAAACUAUUCUGUUCACAUGUGACAUGGAACAAAGACAACAAAGAAAUUGAAACAAAAAAAGCCUGAAAAAUAGCAUUUUAUAAAUUAGGAACAGCUUUCUACGUUCGUACAAACUGAGUUCAAAUUUAACUUACCAACAGUCUAUGAAACGAACUGUAGAUAUUGGGAAGAGGUGGAAUACAGAUGUUGUCGGCUUGUUGAAGAGCAUCUGGGUGUGAUUUGGUAUAAAAUACCAGGGAAAGAUUUCCAUAUAACCUCAUACUAUUCUGUUAUUCGUUAUCCCAAAGGCAUUCUAUCAUUUUCUUUUACCCUAGAACCACGAGCAUAACAGAGUAUGGGGUUUUGUGGAAAUCGUGUCUAUAUCGGAAUACACAAUCCAACUGACUUGCGCUAGCGUGUGAUUCACUGGAAGUUUAAAGGUUUCAACAUGUGCACUGAUAUUAAAAUGUUGGAAGACGAGAGGAACAUCAUAUGAUCUCAUCCCUGGCAAAGAGGCAAAGAGGCAAAGAAGCAAGAAAGUUAUAUAAAUCAUGCUGUCUUCUCUAAAAAUUAACUUGGGAUGUGGGAAUACGUUUUGAAUAGAAUGGUCUUCUUUCUCUGCAAUGCUUGUAUUUGUUAACCUGUGACAUUGGGUGCUAUGAAAAUUUGAACCUUGCUCAGCUGGGGUGGGAAAUUUGAACAAGCAGAAUACACAAAGAGUUUGAAGGUAAAGAGUCUGCCUUUCUAAGCAAAUGGCUUUGAAUUGAUUGACACAUUACCUUGACUUGUUAUAUUUUCAAGGUUUACACCAUAAAUCUGGAGUCAAAGUAUGUUCUGGUCCAGGGUAUUCCUGCUAUGGGUGCGAAAAAGGAACUCUUGGAACUCUUUGCACUCUAUGGAGCUAUUGAUGAGUAAGCUUACCUGAUAUUUGAGCAGCUUUGUUCCAUAAUGAAACCAGCCGAUCUUAUUUUCCUUUGUCUUGUAUUUGUUACCAUUACCUUAAACAAAAGGAAGUGAAAAUCAGGCUGGUUUUAAAAAUUAUUAGCCAGGAAAAAAAAAGAAAACCACAAUAUUUUGAUAUAUGUUUACAUAAGCAAAACUGUUUUUGUUUGAGGGUCCCUGACUCUAUCAAAAUUAAUAUUGUAGAUCUUCCCCAACUGGUAUCCAGUUAACUUGAAUCCCCUGACUCUAUCAAAAAUAAUACUGUAGAACUUUCCUAACCUUUAUCCAGUCAACUUGAAUCCCCAUUAACUAAAAACAAGGUCUGAUUUCCCUUAACCCUAUUUUUUCAGUUAUUUACUAUCAGCUAACUCUAACCCCAGUUGGUGGGGUUCUAUUGUUGAGUUCAAUGACCUUUGUUCUAAAAGUGAAAGUUUGAACAGAAUGGAUUCAUGAACUUCUAUCGGAAAUAUCCCUUACCAUAAGGUAAUUAGAAUCAUGUUAGUGCAAACCACAAAAUCGAGCUAAUGUAAAAAUAUUUCCCUUUUCUGUAAACUGGAGAUAUUUUCUGUUUGUUAGAUCUAUAUAAAAAAAAGUAACAAAAAGGAGACAUCCAUUGAUACACGUAUUGCUGUUCAUCUUGGAAUAGACUUAUAUCUAAAUAAGUCACUGAAUGCAAUACGGUUGCAUCCUUUGUCAUUUGACGCCUUAAUUUCUUCAAAAUUGAAGUUUUACAAUAUGUUUCUUAUUGAAUAUUUAAGGUAUCGCAUCCUAGAUGACUACCCAACAGAACCUUUCACUGAAGUUUACUGGAUCAAGUUUCAAAGAAUCAAUUCAGCAAGGUACCAAAAAUAUGCACUACCUUUAAAAAAUUACCUAAUGGUUCAUUCUAGUGAAAAACAGCCAAAUUCAAUUUAUGUUCAGCGCUAUAGGAGACAGUAAUUAAGGGAACUUUUGGUUUGGACCCUGUUUAUGUUUGAACUUACCCAUAUUGUUAUAAUUGUCAAAAAAAAGCCCCUUUCCAUGGGCACAGAAUUAUUUCAUUGUUUUGCCCUUGAGGACCCUUCACAUGAUCUGCACACAAGGCAAAGGAAUACAUUUUCCAAAUGGCAGGUGCACAAAGUUUCAAUUCAAACAUUUGUUUCAGUGGGGACAUUUAACAAAUCCUAACUGUGUGUAAGAACUGAUUUAAUGAUUUAAUCAGACAAGUUUUUUAACAGUAGUUCCAUGUUACUAAGGAUGAUAUCAGAAUACUGGUAAUUUUCUCUUGUAUAUUUCACAAUAAAAAUUGUUUCCCACUUUUAGAACUGCAAAAAAGAAGUUGGAUAACAGGUCAUUUUUUGGAGGCAUUUUGCAUGUGUGUUAUGCACCAGAAUUUGAAACAGUUGACGACACAAGAGAAAAACUCCAAGAAAGAAGAAAAGUCAUUGCCAAAAAGACAAGAGGUGAAUAUGAUUUGAAGAAAUAAAUGCGAUAUGAUCAAAAUUACUGGAAUACAUUGAUUUUAAAUGAGAAGAACUAUAAAUGAGUUUCACUUGAAAAAAUAGAUUUUGUGAUUUGCUUGAGCAGUCAGUGAACCCUUUACACGCGAACAUCAAUGUGCAUAUUCUCCAUACUCUUUUCUACACAAUACCUUUGGUACUGACAAGGAGAAUUUUUUAUGAACAAUGAAAGCUUCUUAGUUUGGCAAUCAUUUCCCUUAUUCUCAUGAUUUUAAUGAAUGAUUCUGAAUUGGAAAUUUUGGUUGUGAGAAGAAGAUAGAUGCUGGUCACUCUGAGGGUUUAAAGGUAAAAAAAAAAGAGUACCCUUGGCUGCUAUCCAGAACAGGAAUUUUUCAAAAGGUAUGCAAUUUUCUCUGCCAUUGUUUACAAUGAACCCCCCCACCCCCCUGUACUCCAGACAAACAACCAUUGGAAACUUUUUUAUUGUGCAGCACAUGUGUUUGUAGGCCCUUAAUAUGUGAAUUGUUUAUCAUUACAGAAUUAUUUGGUGCACAAGAGAAAGCAUGUACAACAAAAGUUGCACCCAUUGCUGCCUCCUCAACCAAGAGGUCUAGAGAGGGUUUCAAUGAAACAAUCUCAGCUUCAUCCUCAACUGAAACUACUGCUUCAAUUACAGACCCCUCUGGUCCAUCAAGAGGCUUGUCACAUGGAAUAAAUUACUCAAUGUACACAAUGUCAUCAAGUUCCUCAUUCAAUUACCCAACCCUUCCACCACCCCCUCAACAUGUUCAUCCAUACCAAUAUCCCCCUCCCCCACCCCCAUGGGAAUUACCCCGUGUACCAUCAGCACAUGCAACACUUCCAGCCUAUUUACAAAAUUUCCCCUCCUCCCCUCCCCUCCCCCACCACCCCCCACCCCCACCUCCACCUUCACCUCCCCCUAAAUUUCAUUCUGUAGAAUCACACACUUGCCAUGAUUCAGGUGCAAACAAAAGUGAAGUUCCAAGACAAGGGAAGGCCUUUACUGUUUAUAUGUCAAAAGUUAUGAUUGGACCACAACUCGAAGAGGGGUGA